GACUGACUGACAUUUCACAGACCGCGAGAGCGAGAUCAGAACACGACACACGGUACGUGAACACAAAAAGUCUAAUAAACCGGUCGGUGAUCAACAUUUUUUGACUACGAUUCCCCCAAAAAGACGUUAAAUUGUUUAAACUAUUCACAUUCAAUAGUUUUUCAAUGAGUUCAGGUGAUAUCAAAUGAAUUUUUACCGACAAAGGUGACAGGUUGUUUGCCCCAAGAACACAAAAAAAAAAGUGACUUUUGUAUUUUGUUUCGGUAUUCGGUUGUCUUUCUCGUACCAUGGCCGACACGGAUGCCAAGGAUCGCUACGAUCCCGAACUAAAAUUUCUGUGUGUGGACAGAAACAACUACAAUGACCCGGCGACACAAGCAGAAUGGACCCAAAAGAGGCUCGUGUGGGUGCCCCAUGAGAACCAGGGCUUCGUUGCGGCCUCCAUAAAGGGAGAACGGGGCGAUGAGGUCGAGGUGGAGCUCCAAGAGUCAGGAAAGAGGAUUAUGGUUGCUCGGGAUGAUAUCCAGAAAAUGAACCCACCUAAGUUCGACAAGGUUGAGGACAUGGCCGAGUUGACUUGUUUGAAUGAGGCUUGUGUACUGCACAAUUUGAAGGAUCGGUACUAUUCCGGGCUGAUCUAUACAUAUUCAGGUCUCUUCUGUGUGGUGGUCAACCCCUACAAGAAGUUACCCAUAUACACAGAAAAGAUCAUGGAAAGGUACAAAGGCAUCAAGAGACAUGAAGUGCCGCCCCACGUCUUUGCCAUUACGGACACCGCAUACCGAUCUAUGUUACAAGAGCGAGAAGAUCAAUCGAUUUUGUGUACUGGAGAGUCCGGAGCCGGAAAAACUGAAAACACCAAGAAAGUUAUUCAAUAUUUGGCCUAUGUGGCGGCCUCCAAAUCGCCUAAAGGAUCUGGGGCGCAAAAAGACCUUAUCGGUGGCCUAGAACAGCAACUUUUGCAAGCCAAUCCAAUCCUGGAAGCCUUCGGAAAUGCAAAAACCAUAAAGAACGACAAUUCGUCAAGAUUCGGUAAAUUUAUCAGAAUCAACUUUGAUGCCUCAGGAUACAUCGCUGGUGCCAAUAUAGAAACUUACCUCCUAGAAAAAUCACGUGCCAUAAGACAAGCCAAGUAUGAGCGUAGCUUCCAUAUCUUCUAUCAGCUUUUGGCUGGUGCUUCUGCAGAACAGAAGAAGGAAUUCAUCCUCGAAGACCCUCGUUCGUACAAUUUCCUCCGCGAAGAUAACCACAUCGUCCCGGGCGUGGAUGACGCCCAAGAAUUCCAAGCAACGGUCAAAAGCAUGAACAUAAUGGGUAUGACCUCCGAGGAUUUCAGUGCCAUUUUCAGAGUUGUUUCGGCCGUCAUGUUGUUUGGCAAAAUGCAGUUCAAACAAGACCGUAAUUCCGAUCAGGCCACGUUGCCCGAUAACACUGUCGCUCAAAAAAUCGCUCAUUUAUUGGGUUUGAGCAUCACGGAUAUGACUAAAGCCUUUUUGAAACCCAGAAUUAAAGUCGGACGGGAUUUCGUUACUAAAAGUCAAACAAAGGAGCAGGUGGAGUUUGCCGUUGAAGCUGUUUCGAAAGCUUGUUACGAAAGAAUGUUCAAAUGGCUGGUGAAUAGGAUUAAUAGAUCUUUGGGGCGAACUAAGAGGCAAGGAGCAAGUUUUAUUGGAAUUCUUGAUAUAGCGGGUUUUGAAAUCUUCGACCUUAACUCGUUUGAGCAGUUGUGCAUUAAUUAUACAAACGAGAAGCUUCAGCAGCUUUUCAAUCACACCAUGUUUAUUUUGGAACAGGAAGAGUAUCAGCGUGAAGGGAUUGAGUGGAAAUUUAUCGAUUUUGGCUUGGAUUUACAACCUACAAUUGAUUUAAUUGAUAAGCCUAUGGGUAUUAUGGCUCUGUUGGAUGAGGAAUGUCUUUUCCCAAAAGCAACAGACAAGACAUUCGUGGAUAAACUUGUGAAUGCUCAUUCAGAUCAUCCCAAAUUCAAGAAAAGCGACUUUAGAGGAAUCGCAGAUUUUUCAAUCAUUCAUUAUGCUGGCAAAGUAGAUUAUUGUGCGAAGCAGUGGCUUAUGAAGAACAUGGAUCCUCAAAAUGAAAACGUAGUGAACCUUCUACAAUCCUCCACCGACCCUUUCGUGGUACAUAUAUGGAAGGAUGCCGAAAGUAUUGGAAGAGCAAAGGGAAUGUUUAGGACGGUGUCUUAUUUGUACAAAGAGCAAUUAGCAAACUUAAUGGUCACUUUACGAAAUACGAACCCAAACUUCGUACGUUGUAUCAUUCCCAAUCACGAAAAACGUGCCGGAAAAAUCGAUGCCCCACUAGUCUUAGACCAGUUGAGGUGCAAUGGUGUCUUGGAAGGAAUCCGUAUCUGCCGACAAGGUUUCCCCAACAGAAUUCCGUUCCAAGAGUUCAGGCAACGCUAUGAACUGCUUACUCCUAACGUGAUCAACAAAGGCUUCAUGGAUGGCAAGAAGGCAUGUGAAACAAUGAUAAAAAGCUUAGAACUAGAUUCGAACUUAUACCGAAUUGGUCAGAGCAAGAUUUUCUUCCGUGCCGGAGUACUGGCUCAUCUCGAAGAAGAACGUGAUUACAAAAUCACCGAUUUAAUAGUGAACUUCCAAGCUUUUUGCAGAGGCUUUUUAUCCAGGCGUAACUAUCAAAAGAGAGUGCAACAAUUAAACGCCAUCCGUAUCAUUCAACGUAACUGUUCCGCCUAUUUGAAACUGCGCAACUGGCAGUGGUGGAGACUAUAUACGAAAGUUAAACCUCUUCUCGAGGUAACCAAGCAAGAAGAGAAACUGAUGCAAAAAGAAGAUGAAUUGAAACAAGUAAAGGAUAAAUUAGAACGCCAUAUUAAAACAGCGGAGGAGUAUGAAACAAAGUACCAGAAAGCCCAAGAGGAAAAAGCUAUUUUACAAGAGCAACUACAAGCCGAAGUUGAGUUGUGUGCGGAAGCCGAAGAAAUGAGGGCAAGACUCACGGCCAGGAAGCAAGAGUUGGAGGAGAUUCUUCAUGAUUUAGAAGCUAGAAUUGAGGAGGAAGAGGAGAGAUCCAGUACUUUAAAUGUUGAAAAGAAGAAAUUACAAACGACGAUUUCUGACUUGGAGGAGCAGUUGGAAGAGGAAGAGGCUGCCAGGCAGAAGCUACAACUCGAAAAGGUCCAAUGUGAUGCAAAAAUCAAGAAGCUCGAAGAAGACUUGGCUCUUUCGGACGAUACAAAUCAAAAACUCAUAAAAGAAAAGAAGAUUCUUGAAGAACGCUCCAAUGACCUUAGCCAGGCCCUGGCAGAGGAGGAAGAAAAAGCCAAGCAUUUGUCAAAAUUAAAAACCAAACAUGAGGCCACCAUAGCUGAACUGGAAGAGAGACUAUUAAAGGACCAUCAACAAAGGCAAGAAUCCGAUAGGACAAAAAGAAAAGUGGAAACGGAAGUAAAUGACUUAAAAGACCAACUGCACGAGAGGCGUACCCAAAUCGAGGAGUUGCAGCUGCAACUAGGCAAAAGGGAGGAAGAACUCGCUCAGGCCAUGGUCAAAGUCGACGAAGAAGCCGCUUUAAAGGCGGUCGCACAAAAAGCUCUGAGAGAAUUGGAGAGUCAAUUAACCGAGUUGCAAGAAGACCUGGACGCUGAGAAAAGCGCUAGGGCGAAAGCGGAAAAAAUGAAACGCGACCUUAAUGAGGAACUGGAAGCGCUUAAAAAUGAGCUGUUGGACUCCCUAGAUACUACUGCCGCGCAACAAGAGCUGCGCUCGAAGAGAGAACAAGAAUUGGCCACCCUUAAGAAAAGUUUGGAAGAAGAAACGUCCUUACAUGAGGCCACUCAGGCGGACAUGAGGCACAAGCAUUCGCAAGAAUUGGCUACCCUAAACGAGCAAAUGGAAAAUGUCAAAAAACAAAAAGCCGCCCUGGAGAAGGCCAAGCAGGCACUUGAAGCUGAGAACGCCGAUUUGACCACAGACCUUCGAAACGUGUCAGCUAGUAGGCAAGAAGGCGAGAGAAGAAGGAAACAGGCGGAAAGUCAGUUGGCCGAGGUAACUGCCAAAUUGACGGAGAUCGAGCGUUCAAGAGUAGAAUUGCAGGAAAAAACGAUCAAGUUACAACAGGAAGUCGAAAAUGUCAUGUCGCAGCUAGAACAAGCAGAGCUUAAGGCUUCUGCAGCUGUAAAAAGUCAAACAACCAUGGAAUCUCAAUUCUUGGAAGCGCAGGCCGCUCUAGAAGAAGAGACCCGUCAAAAACUGGCCCUCAGCUCCAAACUGAGGCAGCUCGAGUCAGAUAAAGAAGCUUUACAAGAACAAAUGGAAGAAGAGGACGAAGCCAAGAAGAAUUUGGAAAAACAAUUGGCCACUUUAAAUAUUCAAUUAGCCGAAGCCAAAAAGAAGGCGGACGACGAAGCUGAACAGGCAGCCAUUUUGGAAGAGAGCAAAAAGAAACUUGCCAAGGACUUGGAAGUUUUGCAAAGACAAGUGGAAGAAUUGACUGCGGCUAAUGAUAAACUAGAACGCAGCAAAAAGAAGAUCGCCGCCGAAUUAGAAGAUGCCAAUAUUGACUUGGAGACUCAAAAGCAAAAAGUGGCCGAACUUGAGAAGAAACAGAAGAACUUCGACAAAAUCUUGGCUGAAGAAAAGUUGGUUAGCGAACAACUGGCUAUGGAAAAAGACGCUGUGGAAAAAGAGGCCCGCGACAAAGAGACCCAAGUUCUAUCACUUAAAAGGGAGUUGGAUGAGUCAAACGUGAAAAUUGACGAGCUAGAAAGACUUAGAAGGCAGCUACAAGGCGAACUAGACGAACUGGUUAAUAACCAGGGAACAGCCGACAAAAACGUCCACGAAUUGGAAAAAGCGAAACGAUCCUUGGAAUCGCAACUGGCAGAGCUAAAAGCUCAAAAUGAAGAACUGGAAGACGAGCUCCAAAUUACAGAAGACGCCAAGCUUCGCCUCGAAGUAAACAUGCAAGCUUUAAGGGCCCAAUUCGAACGCGACAUCCAAGCUAAAGAAGAGCAAGCCGAGGAGAAACGCAGAGGAAUUGUCAAGCAGCUACGAGACCUCGAAGCUGAAUUGGACGAGGAAAGAAAACAGAGAGCCGCAGCUGUUAGCUUCAAAAAGAAACUGGAAGGUGACAUCAAGGAGUUAGAAAGCCAAAUCGAACUACAGUGCAAAGUAAAAGAAGACGCUCUUAAACAAUUGAAAAAGUCACAACAACAGUGCAAAGAGGCCGUACGGGAUGCGGAAGAGGCGAGGGCCGCAAGGGACGAGCUGGCAGCCAGUAGUAAGGAGGCCGAAAGGAAAGUGAAAACUUUAGAAGCGGAAGUUUUGCAACUUACUGAGGAUAUGAGUAGUUCGGAGAGGGCUAGGAGAGCAGCGGAGGCUGAAAGGGAUGAGCUUUUGGAGGAGAUCAAUUCUAGCAAUAACAAAGGAUCACUUCUUGUCGACGAGAAGAGACGAUUGGAGGCCAGAAUUGCUACGUUAGAAGAAGAAUUAGAGGAAGAACAAAGCACCAACGAAAUGCUCCAAGAUCGUUCUAGAAAGGCUCAAUUAAGUAUAGAUCAGCUCACCGCAGAUUUAUCUAGUGAACGAUCGGCCAGUCAAAAAUUAGAGUCCAGCAGGAUGCUCCUCGAAAAGCAAAAUAAGGAACUAAAAACUAAAUUGGCAGAACUGGAAACCGCUCAGAGAACGAAGACUAAAGCCACUAUUGCCGCUUUGGAAAGCAAGAUUAGCAACCUUGAAGAACAACUUGAAGUUGAGGCUAAAGAACGUCUUGCUCAGCAAAAAAGUAAUAGGAAACUUGACAAGAGAAUCAAAGAGCUCGUUAUGCAACUGGAAGAUGAACGUCGUCACACUGACCAAUAUAAAGAACAAGUUGAGAAGGGCAAUGCAAGGGUAAAAGCGCUCAAGAGGCAGUUAGAUGAAGCAGAAGAAGAGGUGACAAGAGAAAAGGCACAGAAACGUAAGGCGCAGAGGGAAUGCGAAGAUAUGAUUGAAUCCCACGAGAGUAUGACCAGAGAAAUAAAUAAUCUAAAAAGCAAAUUGAGGAGGGGUGCUGGUAUGGGCCUGUCCUCAUCCCGCCUUAGCUCAACCAAGCGAGGUUCCAUCCAGACCAGCGGCAACGGCUCAGGUGAUGAUUCCACCACACAGGACGAAGCCAUGGACGGGGACGAUGGACCCAAUUAAACAUUUUUUUUAAACAUUUCUUUUCUGGUACGGACCUGAGAGUUCUUGCUUAAAUCAGAGCCGCAUUUAACCGAAAUUCGCUUUAAAGUCAAUCUUAUAGUGACUUAAAUGACAAUUUAAGUAUACAAAUAUAUAAUAUUUCCA